AUGACGUCUAAAUUGAAAUUCAUUGCUCCAGGUGAUAGUUCAUGGCACGAAGACAAACCCGACAUUGAUGAACAUUCAUCAACUCAGUUUAUUUAUAAUGCAAACCAUUCACUGGCAUUAGAUUUGCAACGUAAACGCUUGCCAAUAUUUAAAAAUCGAUCUCACAUUGUAUACUUAUUAGAAAAUUAUCAAACAUUGGUUCUGAUUGGAGAAACUGGUUGUGGAAAAAGCACACAAAUACCUCAGUAUUUAGUAGAAGCAGGAUGGUGUACAGAUGGAAAAAUUAUUUGCAUAACAGAGCCAAGAAGAGUUGCAGCUACUUCUUUGGCUAAUCGAGUUGCGGAUGAACGUGGUUGUAUUCUUGGUACAGAGGUCGGCUACUCUAUAAGAUUUGAUGAUUGUACUGAUGAAACUACUAAAAUUAAGUACAUGACAGAAGGAAUUUUGCUGAGAGAAAUGAUGAGCGACCCUUUACUUACCAAAUACUGCAUUAUAAUUUUGGACGAAGUACACGAGCGUACUUUAUUAACAGAUAUAAUUAUGGGCUUACUCAAAAAAAUAAUACGAAAACGCAAGGACUUAAAAGUAAUUGUUUCUUCUGCUACUGUUGAUGCGGAAGAAUUACGAGAUUAUUUUAAUAUAAGUACAUCAAAAGAUCCGAAAGACAGUACAUCAACUAUUUUAAGCGUUGAGGGCCGAUUAUAUCCUGUAGAUAUAUUUUACGUUAAAGAACCAGUACCUGAUUAUGUGAAAGCAGUAGUUGAUAGUGCAUUAAAAAUUCACUCAAAUGAAGAAUCUGGCGAUAUUUUAGCUUUCCUCACUGGUAUGGACGAAGUAGAUCGUGCUGUUUCGCUUCUUAAAGAACACGCAGAACUUAUCAAAGAAGGAAAACAAAAAUUAAUGCCACUGCCAAUGUAUGGAUCUCUGCCCAACGCCGACCAAUUAAAAGUAUUUUGGAAAGCUCCGAAUAACACCCGUAAAGUUGUAAUCGCUACUAAUAUUGCAGAAACAUCAAUCACGAUUCCUAACAUUGUCUACAUAAUAGAUAGUGGUUUUGCUAAAAUACCACUGUACACAGAGAAUGCAUACGAUGAAUUUAUUGAAUCAAACCCUCCACAAAUGCAACGCUCAGAUUUAGCACCAGCGAUUCUGCAGCUCAAAGCACUGGGAAUUGAUAAUGUUUUGAGGUUUAAUUUUCCAAGUGUACCGCCGAGUAAAAGCUUAGUCGCUGGAUUGGAAUUACUUUACGCUUUAGGUGCUAUUGAUAAGGAUGGUAGUCUAACGAAACCAUUGGGGUUGACAAUGGCAGAAAUGCCACUAGAGCCAGUGUUUGCUAAAUGCUUAUAUGCUUCAGGAGAAAUGGGGUGCUCUGAUGAAAUAUCAACAAUCCUAUCAAUGUUUCAAGUACAAAAUAUACUAAUAAGACCGUCUAGUGGUCAAGCAUCUAUAAGAGCACGUAUCGCCCACCGUAAAUUCGAAGUUGAAGAAGGUGAUCUUAUCACAAUGUUAAAUAUUUAUACUGCGUAUGAGAAGAAUAAGUCAGCAAGCUGGUGUCAAAAAUAUUUUUUAAAUUUCAAAGGACUGAAACGUGCCACAGAAAUACGGUCAAAAAUGCGCAUUAUGAUGAAGAAUUUAAAUAUACCACUUAGAUCUAGUAAUGGUGAUUUACAAUUAAUACUUCGAUGUCUUACCGCUGGUUUAUUUCCCAAUGCUGCAUUUUUACAUUACACUGGUGUCUAUAAAACAGUUCGAGGUGACAGAGAUUUAUAUAUACAUCCUAAUAGUUGUUUAUACACAGUUCAACAACCGCAAUGGGUACUAUUUUGUGAGAUAUUACAAACUACAAAAUUAUAUAUGAGAGAAUUGACUGUAAUUAAAUCUGAGUGGCUAUUAGAAUUAGCUCCGCAUUUUUACGAAAGAACUGCUUUGAAUUCUGUAUAA